AUGGCCCGAGCGCGGCUGGCGGCGCCGGUGCUGGCCGCGCUGCUCCUCGCCGCCCUGGGCGCCGGCGCAGGCGCCGAGGAGUGCGGCCAGAGCGAGUUCAGGUGCGGCGACGGGGCCUGCGUCUCCCUCGCCUGGGUGUGCGACGGCAGCGCCGAGUGCAAGGACGGCUCCGACGAGUCGCCGGAGACCUGCAGCUCGGUGUCCUGCAAGCCGGGCGAGUUCAGCUGCGGGGGCCGGCUCAACCGCUGCAUCCCCGCGUCCUGGCGCUGCAACUCGGAGCCCGACUGCGAGAACGGCGCGGACGAGCAGGACUGCCCCCCCCGCGCCUGCGCCGACGACCAGUUCCGGUGCCGCAGCGGGCAGUGCAUCAGCCUGGACUUCGUCUGCGACGAGGAGGAGAACUGCGAGGACGGCGACGACGAGCUCCGCUGCCCCCCGCCCACCUGCAACCCCCUGAUGUUCCAGUGCAACAACUCGUACUGCAUCCCCCAGCUGUGGGCCUGCGACGAGGACCCCGACUGCCCCGACGGCUCCGACGAGUGGCCCCAGACCUGCGGCCCCCGGCCGGGCCCCCCCAGCCCCUGCCCCCCGCUGCAGUUCCACUGCGGCAGCGGCGAGUGCAUCCACCAGCGCUGGCGCUGCGACGGCAGCCCCGACUGCCGCGACGGCUCCAACGAGGCCGCCUGCGUCGUGGCCACGUGCCGCCCCGACGAGUUCCAGUGCGACGACGGCACCUGCGUGCACGGGAGCCGCCAGUGCGACCGCGAGUUCGACUGCAGGGACAUGAGCGACGAGGCCGGCUGCGAGAACGUGACGGCCUGCGACGGCCCCCACAAGUUCAAGUGCCGCUCGGGCGAGUGCAUCACGCUGGAGAAGGUCUGCGACAAGAGGCGGGACUGCCGCGACUGGUCCGACGAGCCCAUCAAGGAGUGCGAGGUCAACGAGUGCCUGGACAACCGGGGCGGCUGCUCCCACAUCUGCAAAGACCUGAAGAUCGGCUACGAGUGCCUCUGCCCCGAGGGCUUCUGGCUGGCGGACGGGAAGCGGUGCGAAGACAUCGACGAGUGCCAGGAUCCCGAGGCCUGCGGGCAGCUCUGCGUCAACCUGGAGGGCGGCUACAAGUGCGAGUGCGGCGAGGGCUACCGCAUGGACCCCGCCACCAAGGCCUGCAAAGCCGUAGGCCCCGUCGCCUACCUCGUCUUCACCAACCACAACGAGGUGCGGCAGAUGACGCUGGACCGCAGCAACUACACCAGCCUCAUCCCCCACCUGAAGCACGUGGUGGCCCUCGACGUGGAGGUCGCCAGCGGCACCAUUUACUGGUCCGACCUCUCCAAGAGGAAGAUCUACCGCACCUCCGUGGACAAGGCGGGCGACGCCAGCCACCACGCCACCGUCGUCGGCGCCGGGCUGCGGGCGCCCGACGGCCUCGCCGUCGACUGGGUCCACGGCAACAUCUACUGGACCGACUCGCAGCUGGGCUCCAUCUCCGUGGCCGACGGCGCCGGCUCCAAGAGGAGGACGCUGGUCCGGGAGCCGGGCGCCAAGCCGCGGGCCAUCGCGGUGGACCCGCUUCACGGCUUCAUGUACUGGACCGACUGGGGCGCGGCGGCCAAGAUCGCCAAGAGCGGGCUCAACGGCGCGGACAACUUCGCCCUGGUGACGGAGAGCAUCGAGUGGCCCAACGGGAUCACGCUGGACCUGCCGUCGCAGCGCCUGUACUGGGUGGACUCCCGGCUCCACGCGCUCUCCAGCGUCGACGUGGACGGGGGCAACCGCCGGCUGGUGCUGGCCGACCCCCACGCGCUGGCACAUCCCUUCGGCAUCACCGUCUUCGAGGACACCGUGUUCUGGACCGACGUCAACAACGAGGCCAUCUUCAGCGCCAACCGCCUGACGGGCGCCCAGGUGAAGACCGUGGCUGAGAACUUGUUCUCCCCCGAGGACCUGGUCCUCUACCACGCCCUGAAGCAGCCCGCAGGCGAGAACCGCUGCGGGGGCGGCAACGGGGGCUGCGCCUACCUCUGCCUGCCGGCGCCCCGCCUCUCCCGCCGCUCGCCCCGCUACACCUGCGCCUGCGCCGACGGCCAGCGCCUGGCGCCCGACGGACGCGCCUGCCUCCCAGGCGCCUCGGCCCCCACCACGGCGACGGCGGCGACGGCGACGACGACGACGACGACGUCCCCGGCGCCCGGCACCACCGCGGCCCGCGCGCGGCCCCGGCUGCCCAUGCGCGGCCCCGGCCUCCCCGGCACCACCGCGGCCAGGGGCACCGCCGCCACCACCCCGCCCGCCGAGAGAGGCGUCGCGGCGGAGAGCACGGAGAAGCGGACGGGCCCCGCGGCGCUCUCGGUGGUGCUGCCCCUGGUGCUCCUCAUCCUCGUGGCCUUCGGCGCCUUCCUGGUGUGGAAGAACUGGCGGCUGAAGAACACCAACAGCAUCAACUUCGACAACCCCGUCUACCAGAAGACCACCGAGGACGAGAUGCACAUCUGCCGCAGCCACGAGGGCUACAGCUACCCCUCGCGGCAGGCCGUGAGCCUGGAGGACGACGCAGCCUGAUAACGUCCCGAUUCCUCCCUCCCCGCCGCCGCGCUCGGCGCGCCCCGGCACCCGUCGUCUGCCGGCCCACAGAGGAGGACGGGGGCCGGCCGGGGCCCCGGCGCUCCCCGGCGCGAGGCCGGGACGAGGACGCGAAGGGGCCGCCGAGGCGGGAGGCGCGGGCGAGUGCCGUCACCCGCUGCGGCCCGGCGCUGCCGCCUCGCUCGCGCGCCCGCCCGCCAUCGCCGCGGGGCACCGGCCCCCGGGACUCGCGGCCGCCGCCGGGGCCGAGCGCGGGGCGGUUGUGCACAGCCGGGUGCGGCUGUGCGUGGUUGUGCGUGUUGGCACAGUUGUGUGUGCCUGUGCGUGGUGGUGUGCGUGUUGUGUGCGCUUGUGCGAGCUGAGCCGUGUGUGCGUGCGUGCGUGUGUGUGUGUGUGCAUGUGUGUGUGUGUGUGUGUGUGUGCGUGCGUGUGUGUGUGUGUGUGCCUGUGUGCGUGUGUGUGUGUGUGUGUGUGUGUGUGUGCGUGCGUGUGUGUGUGUGUGUGCCUGUGUGCGUGUGUGUGUGUGUGUGUGCGUGUGUGCGUGCGUGUGUGUGUGUGUGUGCCUGUGUGCGUGUGUGUGUGUGCGUGUGUGUGUGUGCGUGUGUGUGUGUGCGUGUGUGUGUGUGUGUGUGUGUGUGUGUGUGUGUGUGGCCGGGUGGCGUGCCGCUGCCCGGCACCACGGCGUUUCUUUUUUGCCUAAACUGUGAAAAAAAACCCAACAAACGUGGCCUUCUGCUGCGGGGGCGGCGGGUGGGCUGGGACCACGCGGGCCCCGACACGCCGGGGGUCCCUCGCACGCUGGGGGGGGGGUCCCUCGCACGCCGGGGGGUCCCUCGCACGCCAGGGGUCCCCCGCCCGGCAGCACCGCGGUGCCUCACGGUUACACGUCACGGACACGGUAAAUACACUGUAUUUAUUUCUC